UCUGCAUUUAUUGGGCGAAAAAUAUUACCACUUUUAUCUGUUCGGAAAGAGGGAACAAAAUCAUACCGGUAAAAGGUGCUUUUACUUAGUUCACUUUUAUUCGAGGUCGGUUCGAGAUCGAUUUCUGGCGUUGUACUGAAUAAAUAAGUUUCAGGGUUAUUUACCUCAGCGAUAUUCAGCUGUCAGCACACGUACAUAUGUUUCGCAGGUUAUCCCCAUCCCCCCGAACGCCGACCAUGCUGUGGAAGGUCCUUUCGCUGUUGAUUGCGCAUGUCCUGUCGUCGGAGGCUGCCUUCGCGAGCCUGACACCAACACAGGAAAGCCCAGCAUCAUCGCCGUCUCAAUCAUCGAUAGGAGCGGUGGCCCCGACCGGUAAAAGUGAUGAUUCGCCUGGAAAAAGCGUAGUCGUGAACUGGAAGCUGACCUGCCAACAUCUGUGCGGUGAAGGGUACGGUGGACCCACCUGUGGGUUCUCCUGCCUGCACCAGCAGAGCCCUACCGAUGAGUCGAAGAAAAUCAAACUAAGCAGCAGAGAACACACUGAAGUAUGUCCAACACUCUGCAAGAAUGGCUUAGGUGCUGUUAAAUGCCACUGCAAGCCAGUGACAUUCUCGAGCUUUGGACAAGAUCAUGAUGAUGUGUGUAGUGCUUUCUGCGCGGCAGCUGACAUCCAGCUAGAGGGUUGCAGCUCUUGUAAGGGCGAAGCUUUCUCCGGUCCCAUGAGCGCAUUUGAUAUGCAAAGCACAACGCCAAACUGGGACGAACUUUGUACUUUAUGGUGUAGAAUGGGCGAAGGCGGGACACUAUGCAAUUGCGAUUUACCACCAUUUGUUUGAAAAGUUGUGGAUUCAAAGUUAUUGUUUUCAUAUGCUUCGGUUGGCGUUAUUUUCCAUAAGUAAAUAAAUUCUUGUAUGAAAAAGUAAUCCAGGAGUAAAUAGUAGAUCAUAACAUAUCGAAGGAAAUUAUGUAAUGAUUUCCUCAAACUUGAGAUUUUUUUUAGUUUGAUUUGUGUUAAAAUUGAAGUGAACAAAUUAAACAAAAAAUAACGUAAAAAUCAAAGGGCUUCCAAACAAAUAUCGCUUCUGAGGAAUAUCUGAUAUAGUUGUGUACAUCUAAAUAAAUUUCCUCAAUGAUCGAACCUCAUACAGCUAGGUGGAUUAGUUGUAUCUAAUAGAAUUUAUUAUUUAUUGCUUAAACAGCGUCCUUUGCCAUUUCAUUCUGAUGGCGAAGGAGUAUGAACUCCAUUCCGAUAGAGUCAUCUCUAUCGAACGUCAAUUUUUAAGUAUAAAUUUUUAUGAUGGAAAUCGUUUCAGUUUCCCUAUCAUGCGUCAUCUGUCGCUUUUUUUCAUUUGCACACCACAUAAAAACUCGCUAUCUGUACAAUAGGAACGAAAUAAUAACAGCUAACAUCAGCUAUAUUGACUAAUAAUCCUAAGCGUUUCAAAACGAAUUCUGCUGUGGAGGACAAUAAAUACUAUAAGAUCAAGGACUAGAAGCAUGAUGUAGAGAAAAGUGGAAAACUGUAGCUUACUUAUUGAAUUAAUGUCGUAAUUAAAACUGCAAUUUGAAUAAAUUUGAAACCCAAACGACAGCAUACGCAACCAAGACCGAAGAAAGUAUUUCGCGAUAAUUUCGAUUGUUCUCAUCAGACGAAUAUUAAUAACAUUAAUAAAAACGCGAGUAUUCAUGUAAUGAAGCAGAUUGCCGUUGAAAAAGAAAACCUAUAACCUAAUGCUACUCUAACUGUUCAAUUUUAAGAUAAAAACAAACAAAUGUACACUGUGAGCACAACGCUAAAAAUGCAAUGACAUUGAGACAAUAAAAUCUGAUGUGUAAUCGUACUAUCAUCUUAAUUGGAAAUAAAUAUAGCAUUACAUGUUCUAAGUCACAUACCAGGUGACAA